CUGUCUUGCGUCAUUGUACACACACACACACACACACACACACACACACUUACCAAGGGCAGAGACGAAGACAGAGGAACACACACCCACAUUCAGCAUCCUCUCAGUAGCAGCUUAGCAUCAGUAUCCAGGACUGUUCAACUCACUGUCAGCAUGGCCGAAGGUUCGGGUGAAGUAUCACUGGAAGAUGUUGAGACGGCAUUUCGCAAAUUUGCAGUUCAUGGAGACAGCAAAGCGACGGGGAAGGAGAUGAACGGGAAAAACUUCGUGAAGCUGUGUAAGGACUGCAAGGUCAUCGACGGCAAAUCUGUCACCAGCACAGAUGUGGACAUCAUCUUUAGCAAAGUCAAGGCUAAAUCGGCACGCGUCAUCACAUUUGAGCAGUUCACUCAAGCCAUGGCUGAGUUGGCUCCAAAACAUUUUAAAGGGAAGAGCCAGGAAGAGGCAGUACAGCUCCUAUACGGUCUCAUUGCUGGCAAAGAACCCGCCAACAUCGGUGUCACUAAAGUGGCAAAGGCCUCUGCUGUAGACAGGUUAACAGAUAGCAGCAAGUACACUGGUUCUCAUAAGGAGCGCUUCGAUGAGUCUGGAAAGGGAAAAGGCCGCUCAGGGAGGGAAUACAUCCCUGAUACCAGCGGAUACGUUUCAGCGUACAAAGGCCAAGGCUCCUACGACAGCAAAGUAAAAGAGGACGAAUAAAAAGGAUAAUAUGUAUGCUGAAGAGUGCUUUAUGCAUGACAUAAUAUGCGUAUGUUUGAAGUCUUCCUGUUUUAUUUCAGCAGCUGGGUCGUGGCUUGCCUGCAAAAACAAACCCCUGGCUAAAGCCUGACACGAAAACCUGUGUCUUUCUUAUUUUUACACUUGCAAGUACUUCACAGUUAAUGAUCUACUGCUAUUAUAAAUCACAAACACCCUUUGGUGACACGUGUGGUUUUUUUUACACUGAUUCUUACCGCCAUGUAGCGACCUGCCUGUCUGUCCAUACCUUAAAAACAAAGAUGUUGAGAUGCGUGCCUUGAAUGCAAGCCAUUUCAGGCAAAAACAUCUGCCAAAUGUAGCUUGCACGAAUGAGAAUUUCAACAUACAAAAUGACAGUCGGUUCAGACACUAGGUUACUGAUUUUUCAUUUGGUAACAAGCUCAUUUUUAUGUUUGCCUUUCAUAAAAUUAAUGUAUCAUUUAUAUUUAAGACGAAAUAAAACUGAAUAACAACUCAAAAAUGAAAACUGUCAUCAUUUACUCAUAUGCUCAUGUUGUUCCAAACCUGUUUGAUUUUAUUCUGUCUGUGGAACAUAAAAGAAAAUGUCCUAUAAUGUUUUUUUCAACCCAAUGGUCACCAAACAGUUUGUCUACCAACAUUCUUCAAAAUAUCUUCUUGUCUCUGUAAUGCACAGAAGUAAUUUGUAAUGGUUUGAAACAAUGAGAAAGUGAGUACAAAUGACAGGAUUGAGUUUUUUCGUGUGUACUAUCCCUUUAAGUGCUUCUUACUCCCUGCUGGGGUUGAUAUUUUGCUGGCUAAAUGAGCUUUAUUGCGCACUAUUGGAGCUUCUUGGCUUUGUUGCACAGAGAUCUAUAUCAGACUGUAAACACUAAACUGAGUUGACAAAUAAAGUCAAAUAAAGAAACGCCAUGUGAGAAUACUUGGCUUAAAUUACA